AUGUCUUCUCAGCCCAACCUGAGCAGGUUGCACCUACUUCUGCGCCGCCGCAACCGACCCAAGACUAUCAAAUUGUCACUCGCUCGAGGGGGUCGCUGGUCCCGUUGUACGAAGCUAUCCAGCUCCCUCCUUCCACCCGCCCCCGUCGGAGUCGUCCUUGCCAGUCUCGCAGCCCACCCCCUGCUAGCCCGCCUGGAAGCCCUCCAGCCCACCUGCGUCUUCCUUGCAACACCGGUCAUACCCGCCCUGUCAGUCCGGCUGGAAGUCCUCCUGCUCAGCCGCGUGGGGUUCGUCGUCCUCGCAACACCGAUAAUGCCCGCCCUACCAGCCCGCCGGAAGGCCCUCCAGCCCACCCGCUCCGUCCUCGCAACACCGGUAACGCCCGCCCUGCCAGCCCGCCGGGAAGCCCUCCAGCCCACCCGCGCUGUCCUCGCAACACUGGUAAUGCCCGCCCUGCCAGCCCGCCGGGAAGCCCUCCAGCCCACCCGCGCCGUCCUCGCAACACCGGUAACGCCCGCCGGGAAGCCCUCCAGCCCACCCGCGCCGUCCUCGCAACACCGAAGCUCCCUAGCUCACCCAGAAGAAGCAGAACCAGGUCCCCGCCAGGACUCCUCCGACGAAUCCGAGGGCAAAACUCUGAUGAGAAUUGCGUCUGGCGAUUUUGACACCGGCCCAUCGACCCCGCUUACCUCCUCCAUUGACUUGACCAACGCGGGUGUCAAUCUCAACCGCCAGUCAUCGACCCCUGCACCCAACAAUAUCAAGAACUGGAUUCCCGAAUCGUCCUCCAAGACAGAGCCUAAAAACACGCUGGAAUCCACGCCACCUAGUGGGCUCCCCACACCAAUAAAGCCAUCCCAAGUUUCAGAAGCAGCACCACACACCCCUCUUAUCAAUUUCAAUAGUCACAUUGAAGGAGACGACGAUGACCCGUUUAUUCAGAGUGCCAUUUACCAGUUGCUGAGCACCCUUGAAUGGCCUCAGAGUGCUCAACAUAUGGCGAUUGUGCCAACCAACUUUGGUGCCAGCACCUCGGCCGCGUUUCACGUCACCACUAUUGCAGAACGCCCAACCAGCAGGCCGCCCAUGCUUUCUGCGCAAGACGCCAAUCCCUUACCUGUUCAUCGAGCAAUCUUGCCUAUCAACUUUGGUGCCAGCACCUUGGCCGGUGAAACGCGCAACCAGAAUCCCGCUCAAGGUAUCAGCCCCAACAUUUGGUCAAGCAGCCUCACAGGUUACCAGUCACCAGUUCAAUUUUUGCCCGAGCCCACCGCCCCCUCUCUCCCUGCCCUCGACAUGCCGGCCGCAGAGGCCACAGUGCUUCCCGCCGAGGAGCCCACCAGCUCUUCCCUCCCUACCCUUGACUUGGCUGCCGAAGAGGCCCCAAAACAUGCUGCUGAAGAGCCCACCACCACCCCCUUGCUACCCGCGAUUGGCAUGGCCGCCGAAGAGGCCACGGUGCAUCCCGCCAAGGAGCCCACCAGCCCCUCUCUCCCUGCCCCCGACAUGCCGGCCGCAGAGGCCAGAGUGCUUCCCGCCAAGAAGCCAACCAGGUCUUCCCUCCCUACCCUCAACUUGGCCGCCGCAGAGGCUUCGGUGCUUCCCGCCAAGGAGCCAACCAGCCCCUCUCUCCCUGCCCUUGACUUGGCGGCCCAAGAUGCCACAGAAGUUCCGGCCGAGGAGCUCACCACCCUCGACUUGGCGGCCGAAGAGGCCCCAGAAGUUGCUGCUGAAGAGCCCACCGCCCCCUUGCUACUCACAAUCGACUUAGCCGCCGAAGAGGCCACGGUGCCUCCCGCCGAGGAGCCCACCAGCCCCUCUCUCCCUGCCCUCGACAUGGCCGCCGAAGAGGCCACGGUGCUUCCCGCCGAGGAGCACACCAGCUCUUCCCUCCCUACCCUCGACUUGGCCGCCAAAGAGGCCCCAGAGGUUGCUGCUGAAGAGCCCACCGCCCCCUUGCUACCCACAAUCGACUUAGCCGCCGAAGAGGCCACGGUGCCUCCCGCCGAGGCGCCCACCAGCCCCUCUCUCCCUGCCCUCAACAUGCCGGCUGCAGAUGUUGAAUUGCUUCCCGCCAAGGAGCCCACCAGCUCUUCCCUCCCUACCCUCGACUUGGCCGCCGCAGAGGCUACGGUGCUUCCUGCCGAGGAGCCAACCAGCCCCUCUCUCCCUGCCCUCGACAUGGCCGCCAAAGAGGUCAGAGUGCUUCCCGCCGAGGGGCCCACCAGCUCUUCCCUCCCUACCCUCGACUUGGCCGCCGCAGAGGCUGUGGUGCUUCCCGCCGAGGAGCCAACCAGCCCCUCUCUCCCUGCCCUCAACAUGGCCGCCGAAGAGGUCAGAGUGCUUCCUGCCGAGGAGCCCACCAGCUCUUCCCUCCCUACCCUCGACUUGGCCGCCGCAGAGGCUACGGUGCUUCCCGCCGAGGAGCCAACCAGCCCCUCUCUCCCUGCCCUCGACAUGGCCGCAGAAGAGGUCAGAGUGCUUCACGCCGAGGAGCCCACCAGCUCUUCCCUCCCUACCCUUGACUUGGCCGCCGCAGAGGCUACAGUGCUUCCCGCCAAGGAGCCAACCAGCCCCUCUCUCCCUGCCCUCGACAUGGCUGCCGAAGAGGUCAGAGUGCUUCCCGCCGAGGAGGCCACCAGCUCUUCCCCCCCUACCCUCGACUUGGCCGCCGCAGAGGCUACGGUGCUUCCCGCCGAGGAGCAAACCAGCCCCUCUCUCCCUGCUCUCGACAUGGCCGCCAAAGAGGUCAGAGUGCUUCCCACCGAGGAGCCAACCAGCCCCUCUCUCCCUGCCCUCGACAUGGCCGCCGAAGAGGCCCCAGAGGUUUCUGCUGAAGAGCUCACCGCCCCCUUACUACCCACGAUCGACUUAGCUGCUGAAGAGGCCACGGUGCCUCCCGCCGAGGCGCCCACCAGCCCCUCUCUCCCUGCCCUCAACAUGCCGGCUGCAGAUGUCGAAUUGCUUCCCGCCGAGGAGCCCACCAGCUCUUCCCUCCCUACCCUUGACUUGGCCGCCGCAGAGGCUACAGUGCUUCCCGCCAAGGAGCCAACCAGCCCCUCUCUCCCUGCCCUCGACAUGGCUGCCGAAGAGGUCAGAGUGCUUCCCGCCAAGGAGCCCACCAGCUCUUCCCCCCCUACCCUCGACUUGGCCGCCGCAGAGGCUACGGUGCUUCCCGCUGAGGAGCCAACCAGCUCCUCUCUCCCUGCCCUCGACAUGGCCGCCGAAGAGGCCACGGUGCUUCCCGCUGAGGAGCUCACCAGCUCUUCCCUCCCUAUUCUCGACCUGGCCGCCGAAGAGGCCCCAGAAGUUGCUGCUGAAGAGCCCACUGCCUCCUUGCUACCCACGAUUGACUUAGCCGCUAAAGAGGCCAGGGUGCCUCCGGCCGAGGCGCCCACCAGCCCCUCUCUCCCUGCCCUCGACAUGGCCGCCGAAGAGGCCACGGUGCUUCCCGCCGAGGAGCCCACCAGCUCUUCCCUCCCCACCCUCGACUUGGCCGCCAAAGAGGAGACAGAACACGCUACUGAAGAGUCCACCGCCCCCUUGCUACCCACGAUUGACUUAGCCGCCGAACAGGCCACGGUGCCUCCCGCCGAGGCGCCCACCAGCCCCUCUCUCCCUACCCUCAACUUGGCCGCCAAAGAGGCCACGGUGCCUCCCGCCGAUGAGCCCAUCAGCCCCUCUCUCCCUGCCCUCAACUUGGCCGCCGAAGAGGCCACGGUGCCUCCCGCCGAGGAGCUCAUCAGCCCCUCUCUCCCUGCCCUCGACAUGCCGGCCACAGAGGCCACAGUGCUUCCCGCCAAGAAGCCAAAAUCUUACGCCAGCGCCCUCUCCAGCAAAUACCGCUUUAUGAAGCACGGCAGAUGCACCGUUGACGGCAGGAAACCCCGCGGCAUCGCCUUGUUUGUCACGUCCUUGUCGGCUAACAUCAACAAAAGCAAAACAUAUCAAAUGGCCCCUCUUGCCCCUGUCAACGCCAAGACCACCUCCUCCAAAAGAAAGGUGGCCAAGAUUGAACACACCGCCGGAGCCCCGUCCCCCACAGCAACCCAUGUGGCCAAAAACUCGGGAGCGGAAGAAAAUGCGGGAGAUACUGCGGCGGAGUCAACCGGCGAGGAAGACAACAACAACGAGGGCGAGGAGGAUGACGCGGAUACCGUCACCGCCCGUCCUGCCAAAAGGGUCAUGUCUUGUAUCAUCCGGGACAAAAACUCCAACAUGAGGGAGAGCUCUCCGCCCCAGAAGGAGACCAAAGACGUCAAACCUGACGUUACUCACCUCCAAGAGUCGACCGAUUCGUGGUUGAAGGCCAGAGCAGCGCUCUGGCGCAAGACCCCGCUCCAGAUUUGA